CUUGCAACUGCCAGUCUUUAAUAGCAACUGUUGAUCAUAGCAACUGAACGACGCCUGCUGUAGGAAGGCGGCAUUCAGAUUGGGAAGCGGACGGAGGGUGGGGGACGCUGCAAAGCAGGCAGAAAUCUUUCAAAAUGGAUGAAAGCGCAGAAACUCCCGUACCGCCUUCUGCUCCUGGUUCAGCGAAGAAACCUAAAGCUAAAGGAUCGCCAAAACCUAAAAAGUCGCCCAAAGGAUCGCCCAAAGGCUCACCCAAAGGGAAGCAAAAAGGUGCUGCUAAAAAAGAUGAAGAAGUGGAUUUAUCAAUGGCAAGCAUGGGCCACCCGGAAAUCUUCCCCUUGGUCCUCACUGAGCAAACUCAGGAGAUAUUUAAUUGCCGUCCUGACGUCGAUGUCACGGCGGAAAACCCUCACAAACUUUUGAAGAGAGAGGACAUCAUCGAUGACAUGAAAGCAAGAGCUGCAAUUUCUGACUUCCAUCCUUUCAAAAAAAUUAUCUUAGAAUAUCCUGGGGAAGAACUUCUGAUAGUCUUUGACAGAGAAUUAAAAUACGGGCAAAUCUUUUAUCUUAUUGCGACUGAAGAGGCCAAGGAAAGCAUUUUACAUCCUCCGGAACCAGAGGAAGAGGAAGGGGAGGUCAAAGAGGGCACCACAGAAGAAUAUGUAUACAAACCUCCUGUGUGGAAACCUUGGGUCUCGCUUGGAAGUGAAAAAGAAAUUGAAGAAGAAUCGGUUAAGGAAAGAACAACAAAGGUUAAAUAUAAGAUUUCUCGGCGGCAGAGAGAAUUUGGGGCUCGGGUUAAAUUUCACAACAGAAACGCUUCGGCUGAUGCUAAACACGGCUACGUGGAAUGUACGAGUUAUUUCGAUAAGAACUUUACCAUUCGGCAGCUUGAGAAAAAUGUUGGCACUCAGGUUGUCCCAAUAGUAGAAGAAACAGGAACUCAAACAAAAUGGACCUACCCCAAAAAUGCAACAACACAGUAUUAUCCAAGGGACUUUUCAGAUGAAGAAAAAGAAAAGUAUUUGUCAUCGGAAGACCUGAAAGACUUCCUUGUCUCUGUGGCUUUAAGAGUUGAAAUAGCACUGCAGCAGAAUGAGAUCCUGAAUGCCUUUUUUGAUGACUGGAAAGCCCUUGCGGAAGAUGAAAGUGGCUUUGCGGGCAAGUCCGAUGUUACCCUCAAGGAGUACCAGUCAUUUACAGACCUGCAUUACCUCAAGGACAGGACCGUGAGCUGCGUCUGCUGGCACCCAACCAUUUAUGGGAUUAUCGCAGUGGCGGUAACGGAGCGACUGUCUUACGAGGAGCGGGUGAACAACUCUGGUCGACUGCUCUUGUGGAAAGCACCAAUUCUCUUUUGGAGUUUCGCAGACCCAAUUCACCCCCAGCUGAUGCUGGAGUGCCCUGAAGAUAUCUACUGCUUUCAGUUCUCCCCAAGCAAUCCCAACAUCAUUGCAGGAGGCUGUAUAAAUGGACAGGUUGUACUGUGGGACAUUUCAGCAUAUGAAGAGAGGUUACGAAAUGCGAAGUCUGGUACAGGUGGGAGCAAGAAUGCCGCAGUUAACAUGCCAAGUUUCAUGCUGGAACAAGAAGUUGGGAAGGAGCCACACUUGGUGAGAUACUGUGCAGUCUCUUCCAUUGAAUAUGGCCAUAAAUCAGUAAUAACAGAUAUACAGUGGUUGCCAGAGCUUUUUGAGGUCAAUAGAAUGGGCACUAUAUUUGAAAACAGAGCUGGAGUUUGUAUACAGCUUGUCACCUGCUCACCAGACUGCACAAUAUAUUUUUGGGAUCUUCGAGCCCACAGGCCCACUCUCCAGCCUUCAAGUGAGAAGAAAAAGGAUGAUAAGCUGAUUUUGGCUCCGCCUGAUGUGCCUACUACUUUCAAACACCUGGAUCUCUGCUGGAGGCCUCUCAUUAAGGUGAACCUGCCUAAGACAGAUACAGGCGCAGAGUACAGCCCUAUAAAACUUAGCUUCAGAGAAGAGCAUUACCACACCAAAAUUCAAGACAAAACACAGCCCCAAGUCAAACAGGAGGCACUUGUGGAAAAGCUGCCCUAUAGCCAGAUACAGGCCACGUCCAUGAAACCUCUGAAGCUGCUAGAAAAUGUCACCAGCAGCUUUUUUGUUGGGACUGAGGAUGGUGAAGUCCUUUGCACCGAUUGGAAGAUGGAGAGAGAUGGGGACUCAGGAAGACUGCUUAGUCAAAAGCCAUCCAACACGUACAUCAUCCAUGAUGGAAUUGUCCAUACUGUACAGAGGUCUCCGUUUUUCAAAGACAUAAUUCUCACUGUUGGAGGCUGGAAUUUUGCAAUAUGGAAAGAAGGUGUCACGAGCGGACCCCUCCUUGAGUCAAGUUGCACAGCAAAGAGAUACACAACAGGGCAGUGGUCCUUAUCAAGGCCAGGUGUUUUCUUCAUUGGAAAAGAAGAUGGAAAUAUUGACAUUUGGGACCUGUUGGAGAAGACUCAUGAAGCGUCUCAGACCCAAAACGUCUGUAUUGCACUGAUUACUUGCAUCAAACCCUGGAUUUACUCUUCGAAACAACACUUCUUAGCGGUAUCUGACGACUUUGGCACCCUGCAUGUUUUGGAAAUUUCGUGGACAUUAAGCCACCCUUCCCUCAAUGAGCGUUCUAGUGUGCUUCAUUACUUUGAGCGAGAAGUCAAACAUCUGGAGUUUUCUGAAAAGCGGCGAGAAUUCAGAGAAGAAGAAAGAGCAAAUAUGGAGCGUGAGAAUUUGAUGAAGAAAACGAGACCGCCAGGUGGCCAGCGGUCAAGAGAAUUAAUGGAAGAACAGACAAAUCAAGAUUAUAUAGAUUAUUUGGAUCUAGAGAAGACCAUUCUGACUCGUCUUGGGGUACUGAAGGGACCAGAUAAAUAUGCCUCCAGGACCAACUAGCUGCAUAAGACACCGCUAUUAUAUUCAGGACAGUGUAACUUGUUGUAAGCAACAUAUUUAAAAUGACACUGAUCCAAAGACAUGGGAGCACAUGAGGAGAGCUCCCACAA